GCCCUAGGAGUACACGUCUUGAAAGUUUUUAAGUAAGUCAUAUUUUGUAUUAUUUUAUUUUAAUUACAACACCUAUAUGUAUAUAAUAUAUAGAUCAAUUUUAGCCGGAAUGAUUAUAAUAUUAUAGUCUAAUUAUUACUUGUAUUGUACAUGAACAAAUUAUAUUAUCUGAUUAAAUUCAGACAUAAUUAUUAAGUUUAUUUUAUUUAUUAGGUAGUUAAACUAGAUACAAUUUAUUUGUAUACGUAUAGACUAUCGAUACAAUUUCGUAUCUCUUAUAACCAUUGUCAUUAUACCAAUGUAAAGUAUAUAAAGUAUAUGAUUUUUGAAAUUCGUAACUUUACUAAGCAUUCUAAAUUAUAUCAUUAAGUUAUCUAUUAAAAAAACAAAACAAUUUUAAUACUUAUAAUUUAUGAUUUUUUUUUUUUUUAAUUAUUUUUUAAAUUAAUUUUCUUUAAUGUUUUAUCAGUAUUCAUUAAUAAUUUUAACAACAAUAUUGUUUUCGCGAACAAAAUAUAAUUUAAAAUAAGGGAAAUAUUAAUGUUGUUCAAGUAUUUAAAAUUUUUCUCGAGACAAUAUUUUUAUAAUUAUAUUUUUUUCAUUAACGAAUUUAAUAUAAUCAUAAUUUUGUUGUUUUAUGUAAUAAAAAUAUUAUAAUAUCUCGGUCAAAAUUAAAAUGAUAAAGAAUACCGCGAUUAAAAUAUCGCGUACUUACAUCAUACACACAAUCGAACUUUCUAUUAUAAUGGUAUAGUAGAUAAAUUAUAAAUCUAUAAUAUUAUGUAAUUGUCAAAUAUUUCUUUUUUCUUUUUUUAUUCAAAAUAUGUAGUUUCCUACCUGACAGUUUUAUUUUUGCUUUUAUAUGCUAAAUAAUAAUAUUUGUUAUUAAACGUUACUGAAACAUUAAUUCAUUUUUAAAUGGAUUUGAAUAAUACCUACCUAAUGUAAUAUUAUACAAUCACGCAAUCGGUAGUUGAUAUAAAAUUGAUAAUUUGGUUCUUUAAAAGUAAUUUAGUUUACGUUAUAUAAAAAAAAAAAAUUAAAGUAAUUUUGUUGCUAACAAUUAUUAUUGAUAGGUACCCGUUGAAUAAUAAUUUGUAUUAUUUGCAGAAAAUAACAGUAUUUUUUUGUAUGUUAUUAUAAAACAGUGGUACCGAGGUAUUAUUUGAUUAUAUUACGAAUAAUAUGACGUUUUCUCUUUGUCAAUCGAUUUCCCGGAUAGGUUUUCAGUUACCUAAGUACUCAGCUAUAGUUAUAGUUAUAGAAAAACUACAUCCGGUAUAAUAUAUUUUAAAUAAAUUAUAAUAUUAAAGUUGUAAAUUAUUUUUUACGAAUUUUUAGUUUAUUUAUAAUAAUAAUAAUAUAAUAUUAAAACUUAAUAUUUGAUAAUAAUUAUACUGACUACAUUAUAACAUUAUAAUUAAUAAAUAUGAUAAUUAUCAAUAUCAACUAUAUAACAUUAAUAUCUUAUCAAUUAUUACAAUAUAAUUUAGGUCGAUAAAAUAUUAUUAUACGAUAAUAAUAUUUACUUAUUUAUAUGUUAUUAUUUGUUAUAAAGUGAAUAAUUGUCCAUCGGUAAUAUGAUUAUUAUUAUUAUUUCUAAAUAUAGGUACGCGUUUUUCAAGUAGGCUCCUAUACCUAUACCUACGUCAAGCACGAAUUUAAUAGUUUAAAAUAAUAAAAAGAGGAAAAAAAAACAUUUACAAUUAUAAACGUAUUCCGAAAUGCGUGCGACUGCGAAUCCCUCGUCGGGAGGGGUAGGUGUCGGUGUAAAACUGGAUAUGUAUGUGAAUGUUAGCCGAUGGGGUCAAAGGUGUGAAAAACGGAAAUCGAACCAGUAUACCGAUACCGAAUAUUCCGGUUCGGGAUCGCCGUAAAGGUUAUUGCCGAUGACAUAUUCUCCCUAUAAACCGAACGGUUUUUUUUUUUUUUUUUUUUAUAAGGGAUAUUCGUCUGGGAAUCGAAUCCAGUAUUUCAGGUUAUGACGGCGUGGAUACUUAAUAAUUAUAUUAUACUUAUAAAUCGGAAAAUAUUUAUAUUUCAAUAUCGAGUACGGCCUGUAUAUUAUAUUGUUAUGUAUUACGUAUAAUAGAAGACGGCUAUAAACUCUGAUUUAAUAUUGCAUAAUAUUAUAAUAUAGGCAGGGGCGGACACAAGGGAGACGGGGGCUACGGAGACUGAGACUCUCUUCCCACUAAGCGUGUAAAUAAUAAAUGAAAACUUGUAUUAAAAAUACAUUUUCAACGCACAUAAAAAGUUAUUUUUUUUUUACCCACCCCAUCCCCCCACUUUAUCUAAUUAUUCCUAAAUACAGAUGUUAAUCCUUAUAAUAUCAUGAAAAUAAAGAUAAUUUUUCGGCAAUGACAGCAAUAAUAAUGUUACAAUAUUUAUCCCCGGUUUCCUACCAAAUUUUAAGCACAAAACACAUAUUUUCAAAACGAUAUAUUUUUAAUAUUAUAGACAGUAUUAUUAUAUUUUUUUUUUUUUUUUCAAUAUUUUUCCCGGUCCGUUAUUUUAUUUUUUAUGUUCCGUAUUUAUUCGUCGGCCAACCUGAGUCUCGCGAAAUCUUCGAACACUAUGUUGUCCUCGUCGUCGUCCGCAAAACUCUUUUGAUAUUUCAUUCUGUCCGAACUCUUCAUCUUCUUCAGCACGCCUUUUUGCGGUUGUUUGGGCUGUACAGUCGAAUCGUUGGACGCUAUAUAAUAAGAAAUUAUUUUAAUAGUAUGAGUAUAUUGUAUACACCAUUCAUAAUAAUUAGAUAUGGUUUUUGCGGACUUACGCUCGAAUAUUACACAUGUAUCUUAUAUUUUAAAAAUUUCAGUCGACGUUUUAAAUCGGUUUUUUUUUUUUGUAAAUCGUUUACCCUGUAUACAACAAUAAUAAUAAUAUGUUUAAUGUUCGAUAUUUACCCGGAUUCGGAUGCAUGAGUUUGAACGGUACGUCGGUCACGAGUUCACCGCCCAAAGUGCCGCAAUUCAACUUUACUCUGACCGAAUACGAGAUAACGAUACCAGUCUGAUCGCUUGGGCCUCGACCUUCCGAUAUCAACGUGGACGACGCCAAAUUAACGUCAUCGUCCUACAAAUAAAACGAUUUUUUUUUAAUUUACGCAUACAUCGUUUUUUUUUUUUUUCAAAUAUUUACCUUAAGUCGUCCGUCCAGCGCGAUGCCUCUUCUAUCUUUGUUGCUGGACGCCACCGGAACCAAAUAGAACUGUUUGGUGAACGCGGCUCCUGGUGUAAUAGGACAACCUUCUCGGGUUUCCAGACUGGCGACAAAUUUCGAAAAUUGGGCGUUCACCAUUGUAAUCUCGGUGUGUUGAACCACGUACACCUAUGCCAUAAUUAUUAUUCUUAUUGCAGUCGCUGAUAAUUAUUUGAUUAAGAUAAUAAUAUUAUUAUAUCUAUUUUCAAGUCACCUUUAUGUUCUUUACGGAUUUUCUUGAGCUGUUGCUUACGACGAUUGUGGCCACGACUUUCUCUCCGUGAUAGUAUAUUUCCCGGUCCAACGUGACUUCCAAACUGAUUUUCCCAUGAGAAAACGUGAAUCCUUUGCUGAUCAACGAACUCGGCAACCGUUGGCCUCUUGUUGGCGGAGCGUAUUGUAACUGAGUAUUUACAUGGCAUUUAUACGCGUUAAAUUACCGUUAAAUAUCCAUAAAGACUAUACCUUUUUAAUGGCUAACACGAUGGUAGACCUUUGAUUUCCUCUGUCGUCUUCCUGGUCCGAAACGUACGUUCGGAUAUUGUACUCGACUCCUAAGGGCUUGCCACUGUCAUCGUCACCUGGCUGCAAAGUUACCGAAGACGGCGAAUUUGCCGGGAAGUGGAACACGAACGGAAACGCAUUACUACUACCGAAUUUCUUCAUUAGUUUUUUCUGAAUGGGAGUCAAUUCCGAGACUUCUUUUAUAGGCGGGACGAUUUGAUUUCUAUCCAGUACCAUUUCUUUGCUGAAUUUAACACCCAUAACCUCGUCUUCGUCUCGACCGUACCUAUAAGUUGUGGAUACCUGAAAACAAAAUGUAUAGAGAUUAUUAAUUUUAACGUUUGUUGAAACACUAAUAAACUUUACCAUUCCGAAAACUUUUCGUCCCUGUAAAUAGUCAUUUUCGACGACGACAACUCCGUCGAUCGGAUCUAUACUGUCCAGAUGGUCGAUGAAAUCUCGUUUGCCAACGUAAACAGUGACUUUACCUAUGGAAAAAAAAAAUGUAUUCUAGUUAUUUUUUAACGGUCAUAUGUACAAAAUUACCGUUAGGCGUAGUCUUUUUAAAAACUUUCAGCGUUGCUAUAAAAUAGAGGAAUAAAAAAGGAAUCAUAAUUAUUUAUAUUUGACAAAAAACAAAACACUUGAAUCGAAGUUCUGGUUGAAUGUGACCCUCUAGCGUUGGAAAAUGAUUGAUCGAUGGUAUCUAAACUUCCGCGUAGGGUUUCAUUUUUACCAUUGUAAUAUCGUCAUGAGAUAAUUGGUUUAAAUGAAGACCCUUAAGUUCUUUGUAAUUUGUUCCUGUAAAAAUGUCUUCGUUGAAAUUCCGAACGCAUAAAGUUUUUCUACAAACCCUCAAUUUCUUAUCCUAUUCAAGAAGCCUUUUUUUCUUUUCUUUUUUUUUAACUUAUUACAAAACUAUAAGAGUUAGUACCCCAAUCGAUGUAAAUAUUUUUAUAUUUUUGAUAAUAAUAAUGGAUAUAUUUUUUAAAAAAAAACAUGUACAAUUUUUUGAAUUAAGCCUAAAUAUAUGAAAAUACUUUUAAAGAAAUGCCGCUAGAAUUCAACGUUCUUUAUCUACGAUCUAUAAAAUCCAACAAAUAUUUGAAUAAUACAAUCAAAUAAGUGAGUAUUAUUUAUUUUACAAAAGAAAAAAAAAAUGGAAAUUUACUAUACCUUCGGUAAAUCAAUUAUUUUCAAACAUCAAAGUUACAUUGUUAUUAUUUAUUAAGGUUGUGGAAAUAUUUCAGCGUUACCCAAGAGUUAUUUAAACCAUUUAAUAUGGUACACAAACUAUAAUUACAUUAUACUAUAUUUACAUUAUACUAUGUUUACAUUCGAAAAUAUGAAUGCAAUUACGUAUUAAGUUUAAAUUAAUUACCGGUUUUAAUUAAAUUUAAAUUUUUAAUUUAUAUAAUAUAUAUAUAUACCUAGUCGUAAAAAAUGCAUUCACUUAUACCAUACGCGUAGAUGAAAUGAUAAGUAAUUAAGAAAAGUAAUUCAAAAUAAAUAAUGCUUAUUUAACUUCAACACUUGAAUAAAAAAAUAAAUUCAAUUAUAAAUUUGUUCAACACAUCUUAUAUCAAUUUAAUUUAACAGGCAAGUACCUAAGGGGAGGCUUGUGCCUGACCCAUCCUAAAAUGUGUCCGGCCCACCCAAAAUACUCAGCGGGGCCCAUUAUCCUAUGUGUUUAAAUUUAUACCACCGAAUAUCAUCCUAAUCGACUCGCAUAUAGUGAUAUAAAUUGUUUAAUGAUUAAUGAUUACUAUCUAAUACCAGAAGUGUUAUAUUAUGUAGUACAUAUUAUCCGAUAGAUAUAGCAUCAGAAAAUAAAUCUGUCAAUAAGAUACAAAAGUAUUAUUUGGUUAUAUGUUUGUAGUUACAAUAUGCUUACGAAAUAUAUCAAGGAGAGAGCCUCCCAAAUAUCGACCCACCUAUUAAAAAUUUUCUGGCUGCACACCUGUACCUAGAUGGUUAUAGAUUUAAAUAAUUUAUAAUGGAUGGUAUUUAAGCUAAAAUUAAAUCAUUUUAAUAUUAGGUAAAGGUACGGUUCAUUUGACAGUACACUGUAGUACGUGUAACGUGGCAACGUAGGAGAACGACGUAGAAAUUGAAAUUUGAAUAAUAAACUCAAACCCGAGUUAAAAAAAUUAAAUAAUAUUUCACAUAAAAUUCAAGUCCUAUAAAAAUUCUAAGUCCAAUAAAUAUUCUUCACAAAAUUAUUCAAAGUCCAAUACAAUUUAUAUAAAUCAUCAAAAAUAUUCCAAGUCCAAUAUAUUUAAUUCACAAAUAAAAACACAAGUCCAAAAAUAAGUGAAAUAGCGUGACGCGAAGUUGCUCGCAAUAGAUCGUGGCGGACUCGUCUAAUUCGACGAUAAUUCGGACGGCGUUGUGCCCCCGCAACCCGCCGUUCAUAGUCGCGGCUAUCUACAUCAUUUCGUUCGUGACGUUUUUUAUAUAUCCUGGAAUUUAAAUUAUCUAGGUAUUGAUCGUCGGUUGAUGCGUUUUUUAUGUUCGAAAACUAUAUAUUCGUUUUAACGUCUGGAGUUUAUCUACAUUUUACUCAUCGGCCGGUACGUGACAAAUCGUACAACAAUGUAGACAAUGUAUUAUUUUGUAGUUAGUGGUUUUAGGCCCGAGUUUUGCCCCUACGUAUUACACAAGUCAGUACUUUCGUAGCAUUCGGUUAUCUCCCCGACCCGAAUUCGGUUAUUCGGCUCGUUACGUUCAAUAAUGUUUCGGGUCUGCACGUGGUAUUGUCCUGUCGUUCUACCGUUUAUCUAUAGGAAAGCGUGCGGGCACGUAACAAACGAAUUUAUUUAUAAACUCUAGAAUAGAAUUUUUCAAACAAGUUUAUUUGAUUAAAUCGACUGUACUAAUAGCAAUAAUUAUUACUAUUUUAAUUUAGAUCUCGGUUUACAUUAAAUUCAAAUUAGACACCGGAUUUUACUGAAUCUAGUAAAUAAUAUAAAUAAAUUAAAAUCAACUCAAUUAAAUGUAAAUUAACAGGAUCGUUUUGGUUCUUUUUUUUUUUCAAAUUGUCCACGUAUUUUACUUAUAUAGGUAUUAUUCGACUUUACAGAUUCGAAUUCCCAAUGACGACGACUUUCAAAACAGUAAACCGACACGGUUACGCUGUGAAAUUCUCACCGAAUCGGUCGGACAUUUUGGCCAUAGCCACGACACAAUACUACGGAUUUAAAGGCGGAGGCACUUUGUUUCUGGUGACGUACGACGCCGAUAAAUGUCUGAUGACCAAAAAUACUGAAAUUUUUUGGGAAGACGGUCUGUUCGAUGUGGUGUGGAGUAGAACCGCCGAAAGUCUGUUGGUCACCGGCAGCGGUGACGGUUCACUACAGAUGUGGAACUAUAAAUAUCCCCAAGUAAAACGAAAUAAUACAAUAUACUUAAUUAACGAAAUACUCGUAUUAUAUAUUGACAAUUAAUUCAGUAUGUAAACGAUAAUCGUACCGUGUGUUUUAUAGAAACCUGUGAGAACUUACGACGAACACAAGAAGGAAGUUUGCAGCGUAGAUUGGUGUCAGAAUUCUAUCGACGACUUUCUAUUGUCCGCGUCGUGGGACUGUUCAGUUAAACUGGUAAGCAAUGAGUAGUAAAAUGUUUAUAAAAAAAAAAAAAAAAAAAAACAACAAACUUGAAAUUCCCGUUUUGUAGUGUUUGUUUGUUUGUUGUUGUUUUUUUUUUAUGAUAAUUUAAUAUAAUAUUACAGUGGGAUCCCAACAAGUAUUGUUCACUGACCACGUACAAGGGACACGACAGAUUGGUUUACGAAGUUAAAUGGUCACCGUUUUUGUCUUCGUGUUUCGCGUCGGUUUCGGGUUGGUACACUGCAGAAACGACAACAAAAUAUUUUAUAACAUGCACUAAACAUGGAUUGCGGAUUUUUUUUUUUUUUAUUUCCGAAAAAGGCGACGGGACACUGGGCAUCUGGGACUGUUCGUCGCCGUUGCGACCGAGGGCCAAAAUAAACGCUCAUCAAGCCGAAGUGUUGAGCUGCUCGUGGAACCGAUUUCAGCCGUUCGUGCUGGCCACCGGUGGUUCCGAAGGGUUGAUCCGGAUAUGGGAUAUACGGAAAUCGCUAACACCGAUAUUCCAGCUCGAAGUCAGUUGAUAUUUAUUUUUCCACUUAUAUCGCGCUGUUUAAAUUAAAUCGGACCGAAAAUAAAAUUUAAAAAAAAUUGUUUUACAAUCCGCUAUACGUGAUUUUUCCAGGGUUGCCAGGAUGCCGUGAAACGCGUACAAUGUUCACCUCACCAUUGGUCUAAAUUGGCUUCGGUUUCGUACGAUUUCACAACCAAGUAGGCGCAGUACAUAAUAAUAUUAUUAUACUCGCGUACACACGCAAUAACAAAUAAUUACAUUUUUUUUUUUUUUUUUUUUUUUUUUUUUUUAAAUUACAAUACCGUACAUACAAUACAAAUUCAAAAUAGUAUAUUGUAUAUAAUUAUUUCAAAAAAAAAAAAAAAAAAUCUCUAUAUACGUAUUUUAUAUAUAAUCAAUAUAUUAUCUUAUGAUAUAGGAUAUGGGAUUACAGUGCGUCGUCGGAACCGUGUCAGAGCCACCAAAACCAUUCGGACUACGUUUAUGGCCUGGACAUCAGUCCCCGUCAAGACGGAUUGAUGGCCGAUUGCGGUUGGGACGCCGAGGCCCGAGUGUUCCGGGCCGGAUGAGCGGCGACCCGGCGGCCUCUGUCGACCGUUUUCACUGUUGGUACGCCUGGUAAAGUACGGGCGGGUGCGUGGGCGCGGUGGCGUAGCCCAGAGCGGCGGCUUUGCUGCCGGCCUGCUGUGGCCUGGACGCGGCGAACCGGUGGGACGGCGCCUUGGCCGGCUGCUGCUGCUGUUGCGGCAACUGUUGAUAGUAACCGGAAAUCGGAUCGACCGGCGCCGCGGAUUCCUGUUCGUCGGCCUGCGACGGAAAAAUUAAUCGUUAAGUCCCCGGUAGAAUUGUUGUUGGUUUUUUUUUUUUGUUUUUUUUAACAACUUUCGAUUAACGUUGACCGGUUUUUAUCGGGGUUCUUCGAAAAAGAAGAAGAAGAAGAAGAAGAAGAAGAAAAAACGUACCUGCGGCAGAGUGAUGUAUUGGGGCUGGGCCUUUCGUUCCGGUAACCUGUAUUGAGACGCCGGCGCGGGCGUUUGCGGUGCCGGUGUGGGAAUCUUGACUUGAAUGUUGGUCGGUUCUCGGCUCACCUCGGCUUUGAAUCCCUGUAAAAUUUUGUAGUAACGCGCGGGUAAAAAAAAAACGACAAAAAGAAAAAAAAAAAAAUGUAAAAAUUUACGAAGCGAACGACGAAAAAAAAAAAUCAUUAAUUUUUAUUGUGCAAUAUUAUUAUAAUACGUCUUAUUGUUGUCUAAGCGGAAAAAAAAAAUAAAAAAUAAAAUGUACAUAAAAUUGUUAUGCAAUUUGACACCGGCGUCAAAACGAUUAUUUGUUGUUCAUUGAUAAUUUCGUAUACGCAUUAUAAGUUUACCGUUGGAGUUUACCGAAAAACGUUCGACGAACAAUUAUUAUACUGUAACGAUUGCGUUACGGACGGACGAUAAUCGAUAACGAUAACCGCGCGACUGUUGUGCGUCGCGCGCGUGUGCCCGCGUACGGGAAUACCCGGGGCGCAAUGUGUUGUUAUUCAACAACGACAAUAUCACGCGCAAAAGAGAACGUGUUCAACCCGCGCGUGCAGGUACGCGAGCCGUUUGUUAACGCGAACGGUUUCGCACGCAGCGGAGACGUUACAAAAGGAUCGGCGCCCGGAGCGUACGCGGAUAACGUACGAAACGCGGGGGGGGGGGAGGAAACCGGAACGGUUCGAAACCCACUCGUUUUCCGUACGGUUUCGAACAAGUCGACAUCAAAGACGUUACCGCCGGCGUGCAACGUCCGUAGGCGAGGCGACGGCGUUCUUCGAAGUCGACAAUCCGCUCGGAAACCGUAGGAACGAACGGCGCGGACGUUUUCAGACGGGCACUUUGUUACGGGGGUCGCGGUCGGGUAUUCGGGGGGGUGGGGGAGGCGGGACUCGAAAUCCUCCGGAGGCCGAUCCUCCGUUACACAGUUAAGCGUGCACUAUAAGGUUUGAUGUUUUUAAUUUUUUUUUUAGGAGAGGGGAGGUAACCCCCGCGCCCCGCCACCACCGCUUACGGCGGUGUUAUCGUUGCGCACGUUUGUUCGCAAUAAAUACCUCUUCGGGAUCGGCGGUGUACGUGACGGUACGGAUGAACCCGUCGGAAUCCACAACGCUGUAACUUCCGGAAAUCUUCUCGCCGUCCCUUUGCUCCUUGCGGUUGUGGUAGUUGGUCGAUUCGUCGUCGCUGAUGUCGAACGAAAACUGGUAUUGAGCGUUAGGCUA